AUGAGCCUCCAAGCCCCCCAAGAUGAAUGGCCUACGCCCCCGUACCUCGUCGACCAGCUCUACAAGCAGAGCAACUGUCACUUCCGCCCUGAGGUUGCGGAGAAGGCUAUCGGCCUGCUUGUUGGUCGCACGCUGAGGACCAUGAGACGACAACAGCCGGGCAAGUUCCAAGUCCUGGUGAUAUGUUCCUGGAACUCUACGGAUGACAAUGUUCACCAGGAGAUGCACGCCACGGCGGAGCUUUGCCGGGCUACCAUAGUCUCGGAGUUGGGGUCAUUGGCCGCCAGGCACACUCAGAAGCCCUGGGCAUUGAGGCGGUAUUUGGAGCCAUUGGCUAUGACGCGGGAGAUGCCGAGGCACCUCUUUCAGACCUACACUCACGACGAUCAUCCAGGGCCUCGAGAAAUGUGCGAUACCCAGUUUCAGGGCUUCCGCCGCCAGUUCUUCAAUGACAGUGAUCUGGAAAACGUGGUACGCAACCACGCUGGGUCCAUUGGGCUGAACUUGAUUCAGCGCCUGACGCAGCCUGCCCACAGAGCUGAUGUAUUCCGCUACAUCCAGCACUAUAACCAGGGCGGCUUUUACAUGGACAUCAAGCUCUGCUUCACUGUCACCUUUGAUCAGCUGCGUGCGUACAUGGCCGCAGACUGGCAAGCGGGGCAACAGGAUGAGUGCAGGAAGUUUGGCCUGCCGGCGUCUCCGCCGGUCCAGCCCCCGUCGGAGUACCUUCUGAUGGGCGUCGGCCAGCGAGGGGAUCACAUCUUCCAGGGCAUCAUCUACGGCCAGCCCAAGCACCCCCUGCUCCUCCAGGACCUUGGCAGGGAGCCUCAGGUGGGAUGGAACCUCACGCGGCUGUAUGGGCCGGUGUAUUUGUUGCGUGAACACCUCUCCAAGCAGUACAAGGGUGGUGCCACUGGCUCAGACGGUUUUCACUUCAAGACGGCUAGUGGACACGUGGUGGCUCUCACCCGCAACUGGGAAUGGCGCCGCGGCUUCAAGGGGGACCCUACGGCCAAAGAACGCAGAGCCCAAUUCCUGCUGCAGGCCCUGCCCCAGGCGGUCUCGGAGGCGCAGGAUGUGACAGCCUUUGCACACACCAUUGAGAUGCCUCCACGGGAGCAGCAGGGGGCAUUGCCCAAAUUAGGCGAGGUGGGGGAGAACGUGGUGCAAAGCAUCGAUGACAACUCAUUCGAUGCCAUCAUGGACGUGGUCAACAACGAGCCCCACUACGAGGACAUACAAGCACAGGACGUUUUGAGCUUUAUUCCGAAGGGUCUCAGAAUGCACCCAAUGAGACAGGG